AUGUCGGCUUCUUUGGUGUUUGUCAGCCAGACAGGCGCUGUUGAGGAGUUGAAGGCACUAGCGGUGGGGAGCGGUUCUGUCCUGACUUUGAGUGAGGGUCGCAUCAAUGGUGCGGACGAUGUCACGGACAACAACGAAGAGUUGAAAGCCUACCUCAAAAAGAUGACCAUUGACAACAUCAAACUCACAAUGACCAACUUGGGAUGUAGGCUUACAGCCACAGGACGGGGUGGUCGCUCUGUUCGCAUGACAAAGGACAGCUAUGUUGAUGCUUUAAUGGAGCACUGGGAGACGAUUAAACGAAGGGCUUCUUCAAGGGCUUCGGCUUCAACCAGUUUGACCACUCCUUUGGCUACAUCUUCGCUUGACACGGAGAAGGACAGUGUGAAGGUGGAGCGGGAGAACAUCAAGGAGGAUGGGUUGCGAACUAUCGCCUACUCCCAGAAGUACUCCAAGCCUACAGUGACCAAGGGUUACUUGAUAGCUUAUGAGCCGGGCAUCCCACAUGUUGUGACAGCAGAGGGCAUCUAUGAAAUUGAUACCAACUUCAUGGAGAGUGAGAAUGUGAUGAUUUUGAACAAGGACAACGAGGACAAUGAGAAGGACAACGACAAGGACAGCGACAAGGACAGCCACAAGGACAGCGAGAAGGACAGCGACAAGGACAGCGACAAGGACAGCGACAAGGACAGCCACAAGGACAGCGACAAGGGCAGCCACAAGGGCAGCGAGAAGGACAGCGACAAGGACAGCGAGAAGGACAGCGAGAAGGACAGUGACAAGAACGACGACAAGGACAUUCCACUCGCCUUGUUUGACAACAUGAGCCCAGAGGAUUUCUUGUAUUACACUCAGGAUGAUUCGGACUUCUUUAAGUGCCCUAUGGAAAUCUCGGUGUAUGCCAUGAAGAAUGACCGUCACCUGUUUAACAUCAAGGCCGACAAGGACAUCAGCACUACGGAAGACCUCAAGAUGGAGAUUGUCAAGCACAUUGACUACUUGACCAGCAAAAGCGAUGAGCCCGCUUUGACAAGCCAAGAGUUCUACCUCCAUGACGGACACUCCGCUCUGAAAGACGACAACAUUGUCCAUGAGGGCUUGACUUCGGUAGUCUUGAUGCUCCGACUUGGAGGUGCAAAGAUGACACCUGCACAGAAAACCAAGAAGGCAAACAUCUUGAAGGUUCAGUGUGAGACCGCCCAGAACGAGCUGAAGAAGAUUACGCCUUCCAAUGGCCUUGGUGAGGCCGAAAAGAUUAUCACCCUCUUCCAGUCUCAGGUUCAUGGCGAACCGGUGGCUACUUUCAAGUCAUGGCUCAAGUCUAAGAAUCUGGAGAACCUCAAGGAAAUCAGCCUUGUUUUCCAGUCAUCAGGCGAGACAAAGUUUAGGAACGCGGCUCAUCUUUUCCUUGGGGAUGUGCUGGUGAAGUUGUCAAAGACCACGGAUGACAACAAGAAAGUCCUUGACAUUGCAAAGUCGGUCGUUGAGUGGGGUUGGGCUCGGACAUGUGAGGCUGACAGUGCCUUCAAUUUCACCCAGUUCAAAAAAGAACUGGACAAGGUCAUUACAUUCAAUGAGUGGCAAAUGUCGUCAAGUUCGGCAUACCCUCAUGCCAUGGACACCAGUGGCUGA